AUGAAGAGCUCAGCAAUUUUCUCACAAGGCUCCAUUCUCCUACUUGUCAUUCUACUUUCAACAAUUUGCUUGGUGACUGAAGCUCAGCAGUGUCGUCCAAGCGGCAGAAUCAGAGGAAGGAAGGCCCCUGCUGGACAAUGCAACCAGGAGAACGACUCUGAUUGCUGUGUUGCCGGAAAAAUGUACCCAACCUACACAUGUUCACCGCCAUUGUCUGGGAGCACCAAGGCCUACCUCACUCUUAAUAGUUUCGAGGCAGGUGGUGAUGGUGGCGGUCCAUCAGAAUGUGACAACAAAUACCACAAUGACAACACACCAGUUGUGGCAUUGUCCACUGGAUGGUACAACAAUGGAGGAAGGUGCCAUAACAACAUCACAAUUAGAGCUAAUGGCCGCAGUGUGGUGGCCAUGGUGGUGGAUGAGUGUGACUCUACUGAGGGAUGUGAUGCUGACCAUGACUACCAACCUCCUUGUCCUAACAACAUUGUUGAUGCUUCAAAGGCUGUCUGGAAAGCCUUGGGUGUGCCUGAGGACAACUGGGGUGGCUUAGAUAUCACAUGGUCCGAUGCUUAG